CUGAACGGAAGUUGACCACACGAGACCCAGACGGGGAGACCCGCCCCAUCCUGCGCCGGAGUCUCUCCGGGAGACGAAGCGGAAGUCUCGGCGUACCUCCAGAAGGCUGGCGCGGGGCGGGCGGCAUCAUGGCCGCCGACAGUGACGACGGUGUGCCUUCGGUUCCAGCGACCUCUGACGGUGAUGUCAACAAAAACACAAAAUCUGCAGAGGAGUUUGUGGUACGGGUUCCUGUGGUGGAUGUACAGAGUGACAACUUCAAGGAGAUAUGGCCGUCGCUCUUGCUGGCCCUAAAGACGGCUAGCUUUGUGGCUGUGGACACGGAGCUGAGUGGGCUUGGGGACCGGAAGAGUUUGCUGAAUCAGUGCAUCGAGGAACGUUACAAGGCUGUCUGUCAUGCUGCCAGGACCCGUUCUGUUCUGUCCCUGGGCCUCGCCUGCUUCAAGCAGCAGCCAGAUAAGGGUGAAAAUUCUUACUUGACCCAAGUGUUCAAUCUCACCUUACUGUGCAUGGAGGAGUAUGUCAUAGAACCAAAGUCUGUGCAGUUCCUGGUACAGCACGGCUUCAAUUUCAACCGGCAGUAUGCUCAGGGUAUCCCCUACCAUAAGGGCAACGACAAGGGAGACGAAAGCCAGAGCCAGUCAGUACGGACCCUGUUCCUUGAACUGAUUCGGGCCCGUCGGCCCCUGGUGCUACAUAACGGCCUUAUAGACCUGGUGUUCCUGUACCAGAACUUCUACGCACACUUGCCUGAGAACUUGGGAACCUUCACUGCUGACCUUUGUGAGAUGUUCCCAGCAGGCAUUUAUGACACCAAAUAUGCUGCAGAGUUUCAUGCCCGCUUUGUAGCUUCCUACUUAGAAUAUGCUUUCCGGAAAUGUGAGCGGGAAAAUGGGAAGCGGCAGGCAACUGGCAGCCCACACCUUGCCCUGGAGUUCUGCAGCUAUCCGUCUAGCAUGAGAGGCCAUAUUGACUACCGCUGCUGUAUGUCUCCUGUGACCUCCCGUCGUUCUCACACCGCUGGCAUCUGCACCAAGUUCUCGGCCUAUGGCUGGUGCCCUCUAGGACCUCAGUGUCCUCAGUCACAUGAUAUUGACCUUAUCAUUGACACUGAUGAGGCUGUGGCAGAGGACAAACGGCGACGACGGCGACGUAAGGACAGACGGAAAAGGGCUUUGCUGAGCCAGCCAGGGACAGGGACCUUUGAGGAAGCUGAAGAUGGUCCUCCCACAAAGCAGGUCUGUGAAGAUAGCCUCAAGACAGAAACUGAGCAGAAAGUGACAGAGGGUGAAUCUAGGGAUCAAGCUGAAGAUGGUCUUCCCACAAAGCAGGUCUGUGAAGGUAGCCUCAAGACAGAAAUUGAGCAGAAAGUGACAGAGGGUGAAUCUAGGGAUCAGCUUGGCUCCAAGCAAUGUCACAACAGCGACUUAGAGGUGGAGCAUAAGGCAACAAGCUCUGAAAUAGCUGAUGUGGCUGCCUCAGAACUGCCAGCGAGUCAAGCCAGUCCUAAUCCUGUGCCUGGGGAUGGAUUGCAUCGGGCUGGUUUUGAUGCCUUUAUGACAGGCUAUGUGAUGGCCUAUGUGGGACUGAGGCACGGACCUCAACUCUGCAGUUCUGGACCUUGGCUUCCUGAAUGUCACAAUAAGGUAUAUCUAAGCGGCAAAACUGUACCCCUCACAGUGGCUAAGAGCCAGUUUUCUCGUUCUUCCAAAGCCCACAACCAGAAAAUGAAGCUGGCUUGGGGCAGCAGCUGACUCAAACAUCUGCCUGCCACUAGACCUAGGGAGAGAAGCUAAGAGUAGGAAAGAGAUGUUUGGCCCUGUGUAGUGGCUCGUGUCUGCAUCCCAGUACCCUGAAGGCUGAGGCAGGAAGACUGCUACAGUUCACGGCCUACUCAUAUCAGCCAGGGCUGUAUGGAAAAACCCUAUUUCAAAAAAAGAAAAAGUUAUUUGAGUUGUUAGCCUGUGUAUGUUGCGUUUAAGUACUACGGUCCUGCAGGUCCUGGCAGAGACAAUGAGCGCUUCACUGUUUUCUUUUGUACAGAGGCCUGACCCUGGGCUAUAAAAUAAGACUAACAAGCA